CAUACUGUACAAGGGAGGCAGGGCAGUCAGUGAGCUGCCACCACCAUCGCUGUGGUCACCAUUCCAGCCCGGAUCACUUCCUUAAAAAAAAGCACAACACUGCUCUGCACGUACAGAGCAGCUGGGAGCCAUGGCGGAGAGCGGCGGCGGAGGAGGAGCGGGCGGUCUGCAGCAGGGAUCGCCGACGGUGUGUGUCGGCUCCUCGGACCCGGUGCCCCCCGUGCCGAUGUCGCUGGCUGUGCCGGUUGUCAGCUACGCCGUGGUUGCGGAGAGUGGCCGUUUGGCCGCCGCGGGAAGUCAGCAGCAGCAGCGGGAGAGGAUCGCGCUGAGGAAGGCGCAGCUCCGCGGCUACCCCCGGACAAAGAAGCUGGAAAAACUCGGCGUUUAUUCCGCUUGCAAGGCCGAAGAAUCCUGCAAGUGCAAUGGCUGGAAGAACCCAAAUCCCCCUCCAACUCCUCCAAGAAUAAGCCUCCAGCAGACAGCAGUCAGUCUUACAGAACUGUGCCGGAGCUGUUGUCAUACACUAGCUGAUCACGUUUCCCAUUUGGAAAAUGUAUCAGAAGAAGAAAUGAAUAGGCUACUUGGAAUAGUACUAGAUGUGGAGUACUUAUUUACCUGUGUCCACAAAGAAGAAGAUGCAGACACAAAGCAAGUUUAUUUUUACCUGUUCAAACUUUUGAGAAAAUGUAUUUUACAAAUGGGUAACCCUGUGGUGGAAGGACCAUUAGGAAGUCCACCUUUUGAGAAACCCAGCAUUGAACAGGGAGUUACUAACUUUGUACAGUACAAGUUUAGUCACCUUCCAUCAAAGGAAAGGCAAACUAUUUGUGAACUGUCCAAAAUGUUUUUGAAUCGAAUCAACUACUGGCAGCUGGAAACACCCUCACAACGGAGGCUUCGGUCACCAAAUGAUGAUGGUGCUGGAUACAAAGUUAAUUAUACAAGGUGGCUUUGUUACUGUAAUGUCCCUCAGUUCUGUGACAGUCUCCCAAGACAUGAAACCACCCAGGUUUUUGGCAGGACGUUGCUUCGCGCUGUUUUUACUGUCAUGAGACGUCAGUUACUGGAGAAGUCCAGGCAGGAGAAAGAUAAGCUACCUUUAGAAAAACAAACAUUGAUCCUUACCCAUUUUCCAAAAUUCCUUUCUAUGUUAGAGGAAGAAGUGUACAGCCACAACUCUCCUAUAUGGGAUUUAGACUUCAUGCUGUCCUCUGGUAACAUCCAACUAGGGAUACAACCAGUUGUCAACCCUCCGGUGGUUCCUGGGAUCCUGCCAAACAUGAAGCCAUUCGGGCAUGGACCGAGCCCAGCUUCUGCCAGCAUUGACCAAACCAACAGUGGAAGUUUGAGUCCUGUCUGGAGGAACAAAGUGUCUUCUGGCUCAGAGCAAAUAUUGGGAGAGAAAAGGAAACCUACAGACUCUUUUAAUACAGAAGAUGCUAAGAGACAGAGAGUUUUGGGGGAUAUCCCUAUGGAACUAGUGAAUGAAGUAAUGUCAACUAUCACAGACCCAGCUGCAAUGUUGGGUCCAGAGACUAGCUUACUAUCUGCACAUGCAGCCAGAGACGAGGCAGCAAGGCUUGAAGAAAGAAGGGGCGUAAUUGAGUUCCAUGUUGUAGGAAACUCACUGAGCCAAAAACCAAACAAGAAAAUGAUGAUGUGGCUAGUUGGAUUACAGAAUGUUUUUUCCCAUCAAUUACCCAGAAUGCCUAAGGAAUACAUCACUCGACUUGUCUUUGACCCUAAACACAAGACCCUUGCUUUGAUCAAAGAUGGCCGUGUGAUUGGCGGUAUCUGUUUCCGGAUGUUUCCAACACAAGGCUUUACAGAGAUUGUGUUUUGUGCAGUCACCUCAAAUGAACAAGUGAAGGGCUAUGGAACUCAUCUAAUGAAUCAUCUGAAGGAAUAUCACAUCAAACAUAACAUUCUAAACUUCCUCACUUAUGCAGAUGAAUAUGCAAUUGGCUACUUCAAAAAGCAGGGAUUCUCCAAGGAUAUAAAAGUUCCAAAAGUCAAGUAUGUUGGUUAUAUUAAAGACUAUGAAGGUGCCACUCUGAUGGGCUGUGAACUGAAUCCACGGAUUCCAUACACUGAAUUCUCUGUGAUCAUAAAGAAACAGAAAGAGAUCAUAAAAAAGUUGAUAGAAAGAAAACAAGCACAAAUUCGAAAGGUGUACCCAGGACUCUCCUGCUUUAAAGAAGGAGUGCGACAGAUUCCUAUUGAAAGUAUACCUGGAAUAAGUAAGCAACCUAGCACAGAGGAAUCUGGUUGGAAACCUAGUGGAAAAGAAAGAGGAAAAGACUCCAGAGACCCUGACCAGCUUUACAAUAUUUUAAAGAACAUCCUACAACAAGUAAAGAGUCACCAAAGUGCUUGGCCGUUUAUGGAACCAGUUAAGAAAACUGAGGCCCCUGGAUAUUAUGAAGUAAUUCGCUUUCCAAUGGAUCUGAAAACAAUGAGUGAACGUGUCAAAAACCGCUAUUACGUGACCAAGAAAUUGUUCAUGGCAGACAUGCAGCGUAUCUUUACCAACUGUCGAGAAUAUAAUCCUCCAGAAAGUGAAUACUUCAAGUGUGCCAACAUCUUGGAAAAAAACUUUUACAGUAAAAUUAAAGAAGCUGGACUGAUAGACAAGUAACUUCAAAAGUUUAUUUUUUGUGGUGCUCUGACUAGUCAAUGCUAGUUUAAUGUACUGUAGAGUAUAUAGGUCUAUUACAAUGCCUACCAGUAGCUUUAGAAACUGGCUGCUGUAGAUUUUGUGGGAAUUUCCUCAUGCAGCCAGUUGCAAUUCGAAACAGGUUGGAUCAGUUUUGCACUCUAAGAGCUCUUUCACAUAAUGAGAAAGUGUUGAGACCUGGGUCACUAGCUCCAGUAAAUAGAUAAUAUUUGGAGCACAGGCAUGUGAACAAAUGCCCAUAUAUGCUUGGUUCAGUGAGUACUUUGAUUUAAUUGCUGAACCUUCACAUGUCUAACCAGUGGUGUAGGGUGUGGCGUGUAACCAUGCUGGAUAAGGAGGCUGAUGACAAUGUGCUCACAAAUUUCUGAGUAAGCAGUGCUACUUACCCUGUUGCUUGUGAGCUUCUGCUGCCUACUUAGUGAGUGCUCAAAUCCACACUUUUCAGUUAUUUAUCAAUCAGCUGACUAUCCUGCUGUUCGUGGGGAGGUUGUAACCAACCACAGUGAUGAGAGACUGGAAACAAGGCCAUCUCUAUGGCAGAUUCAGUGAGGCAAUACCGAGCCAGACAGGUCCGUAGUUCUUGCAUGCUGUCGAUGAUUGACCUGGCUUACUGAAAAGACCUGAUGGGGGUAGAUUUUUUAAUCGGGGCUGGGAGUUCUUCCCAAUGAGCUCUAUAUCACUACAAGCCAGACCCUCACAGUUAGGGUGGCACCGGCUGGAUAAGCUGCUGGGAGCUUCCUAAUGCGCUAUGCUAAAAAGCUACAAGGUUUUACCUAGUUAAACUCC